AUGACCAUGAUGAUGACGAUGGUGAUAAUCAUUAUGAUGAUGAUGAUGAUGAUGAGGUGUGGCCAAACAGGUACAAGUGUCCAUACGGUGUCCAUACAGGUACAGGUGUCCAUACAGGUGUCUGUACAGGUACAAGUGUCCAUACAGGUGGCCAAACAGGUACAAGUGUCCAUACAGGUGUCCAUACUGGUACAGGUGUCCAUACAGGUGUCUGUUCAGGUGGCCGAACAGGUACAGGUGUUCGCACAGGUGCCCGUACAGGUGUCUGUGCAGGUGGCCGAACAGAUACAGGUGUCUGCACAGCUGGCCGAACAGGUACAGGUGUUCGUACAGGUGUCCGUACAGGUGUCUGUGCAGGUGGCCGAACAGGUCUCUGUGCAGGUGGCCGAACAGAUACAGGUGUCUGCACAGGUGGCCGAACAGGUACAAGUGUCCAUACAGGUGGCCGAACAGGUACAAGUGUCCAUACAGGUGUCCGUACAGGUGUCUGUGCAGGUGGCCGAACAGAUACAGAUGUCUGCACAGGUGGCCAAACAGGUACAAGUGUCCAUACAGGUGUCCGUACAGGUACAGGUGUCCACACAGGUGUCUGUACAGGUGUCUGUUCAGGUGGCAGAACAGGUACAGGUGUUCGCACAGGUGUCAGUACAGGUGUCUGUGCAGGUGGCCGUACAGGUUGCCGUACAUGUACAGGUGUCCAUACAGGUGACCGAACAGGUACAGGCACCUGGUCAUACAGGUGGUUAUAAGGUGCCUGUACAGGUGGUCGUACAGGUGGUCGUCAGGUGGCUGUACAGGUGGUCGUCAGGUGGCUGUACAAGUCCGUACAGGUGGUUGUCAGAUGGCCAUACCGGUGGUUGCAGGUGGCCGUACAGGUGA